UUUUCGGUGGAAGCGAAGUGCACACAGGGUAAGUGCAUAUGGAGUGGUCUGUCUCCGUAUGGACUUACUCCGUCUGGGUUUCGCCUCUUGAGAAGAGUCCAAGUCCGUACGGAGUAAGUCCAUACGGACUGUUUGGAUUCCGUCUGGAUUUACGCCGUCUGGACUUAACCUUUCCUGAAGUUUAUGCUCACGUGGUUUGCCGGUCCUCUCCCCAUGCUGUUCAUUUGCCUGAACGUCUUUGCGGUGUUCUGCUACCUUCAGCUCUUGGUCUGGCUGUGGUACGACUGGGGUGACUGCAUCACGCUCGGUUGCAAUAGCCCCGACGAGAAGCAUGGCUUCAUAGGUGUUGUAGCCGGGAUCUCGUUGGAUGUUGGCUUUGGUCUGGUGAUUGUGAUGAUACGCGCCUUGGCAAAUCUGUUUGGAAGCUGGGCCGCCACGUGUCACAACGCAGAGUUCGCGAUCGACCGAAGGAUCAUCGCAAAGGUGUACACAAUGCUGGUGGAGGCCGUGGACACGAUCCUGGCCCUUUUGCUCUUCGGCCUGUUGUUCGUCACUCCGUGGUCUGGCUCGGUCCAGCACGACCUUCCCGAGGCCGACUGCUCCGACGCGAUGCUCUACGGCCUGGUUGGGAGGAGCUCGUUCUCCUGCCUGGUCCGCCGGGUCAGCGUCGACAAUCGCCGCUGGGUCUACAGGCAGAUGAUGAGGGGCCCGCUGAUGAUGCUCCCCUUCAUCAGGCUCCUCUUGAAGUGUGUGAUCCCCAUGGUCGCUCGCCUCCUGAACAAGUACGAGGUGCCCCCACGCGGCCCCUGCAGGUGUCCCAGCGACGCCAUUAACGCGCUGAUCCGCCUGAUGGGGCUCAUCUUCGCGUUCGACGGCGAUAGCGUCGGCGGGUUCCGCUUCGUGUUCUCUGGGGACCCGUUCUCCAGCUCACGGAAGGCGGCCGAAGCCCCGCCGCCGGCGAGCGCCGACUUGGACGGACAGGACGCGGCGCUUGCGGAUGGCGCCGAAGGCACCGAGCAGCUUCUGGACGACGCCCUGGAGGAGAUGAAGUUGAAGGAGUUCGAGGUGGAUGAAGAGAUGAACGAGGUGAAGCUCAGCCUGCUGUUCCUCGUCAUGUUCGGCCCGAUCGCGCCCGAAGGCGUCUUCACCACGCUGCUCGCCAAGAUGAUGGAGUCCUGGUUCGACCUGUCGAAGCUCCUCUUUCUGAAGCGGCGGCCAUUUCCGGACAAGGGCACCCAGAAGAGCAACUGGGGGGAGGACCAGGGCAUGAGCGUCGCUGUCAUGCAUUUCCGGAUGAAGGCCUUCAUCGUGGUUACGAUCGUUGCCAAAGUGGUUUGGUCCUUUGUAUUGUCUUUCGUCGUGUUCGCCUAGCCCGGCUGGUUUUGAGAGGUCAGGGCUUGAUGUUCAUCUCCGAACCAUGUGGUGUGCAAGCAGGAAAGUGCACGCUGAUGUUUGGAAGUGUUGGGGAUGGCCGAACGAGGCACACCCUGCCUCCCUCUCCUCCAUCCUGCCUCUCUUCCUUCACCCCCUCGCAUCCUCCCCCCUGAGUCUACUCCCCCUCCCUUCGCUUCCCUCGUCAUCCCGUGCUGAAUUGCUGCUGCUGCUGAACCUUCGGACGCCGUUGGUGCAAAGUCUACCAGUGGUCGAUAUCCGAGGCACAUGCCCGUGAACGUCUCCGUGCCGAUUCUCCGUCGCAGCGGUACUGAAGAUGUGCCGCUGGUGCCGUUUUUGAAGGGGGAUGGAGCGCCAAGGCGCACCUUCCGACAGGCCUCGUGAGUUCCAGCGUGCUCAGCAGGUUGGUGUUUCGCCUCAUCGGAGACAAACAUGUGCGCGUGCGCGCGUUUGUUGUCAGCGUCGCUCUCUCCACCGCUUCCUCUGGCAUUCCUCGUUUCUUCUGCACGUUCUCCGCCAGCUGGCGUGGCAGCGCGUGCAUUUUUCCCCAAACAGCUUGCUGAACGGGGUGCUGUUGUGAUAGAAGCUAACUCUGGCCGAGGGAAGUCGGAGCAGAGACAUCCUCACAAAAAUUUGAUGGUCCUGGCCGUUUCGCUUGAGACAUCCUCACAACUCUCGUUUCUGAGUUGGCCGGGAUUGGCCGUUUCGCCUGAGACAUCCUCGAAAAGUUGCGCUCCGGGACGCCGCGCGAGAGGUGGUCCGGGCCGUUUCGCUUGAG